UGUGAACCGUCUUUCGUCUCUCUUGGCCUGAAACUAAAACAAACCAUUUGCAUAAAUCCACACCGUUCGGUUUGUAGCAUCCCGUUCUGCCUCCUGCACCCUGACUCACUGUUUGUAUCGAACGCUAUUACGUUAUUACGUGCAGCCAGGUGGUGCCUACAAUCAAAGUGCACCUGGUGCGAUUUCUCUAGUUCUCGUACGAACGCACAAAACGAAGGAAAUUGCAGUGAUGCAACCGGACCUCCACGGUCUCGCUGCCACAAAACAGCGCCUGUUCAUUCAACUCGAAAAAAAGUAAACUUGUUCCAGUCCUCUAAAAAUAGUUAAAGAAUGGUCAAGGCUACGCCAGCAGCGUGAGACCGGCGUACUUUACCUGGUGGAGUGGUUCCAGGUGAUUCACGCCCGCACGAUGACAAACGCAAGAAGAGCGAUCGCUCCGCGAUUACUAACAUGAUGGUCCGAGCGGGUACAUAUCAGUCGGUGCCUCAGCAGCGCUAGCGAAGACAACACGUGUUCGCAGGAGUGGAUAAGUCGAAGAUCGGUGUUUGUGUUCGUGCUAGUGAAAAUGUGAUUUCGGGUUGUGAAGAUGCCCUCGAAAAAGCAGUACGAUUUGGUGCAAAAUGACGAUUAUGAUACGAGGAUUCCGCUGCAUCCGGAGGAGGCUUUCCACCACGGGAUCACGUUUCAGGCGAAGUACAUCGGCAUGCUGGACGUGCCCCGACCGACCAGUAGGGUGGAAAUCGUGGCGGCGAUGCGGAGGAUACGAUAUGAAUUCAAAGCGAAGGGAAUUAAGAAGAAGAAGGUGACGCUGGAGGUCUCGGUGGACGGCGUGAAGGUGACGCUCAGGAAAAAGAAAAAGAGGAAACACUGGCCGGACGAUGGGAAGCCUCUCCUCCUGUCGCAUCCCAUCUAUCGAAUAUUCUACGUGUCGCACGACUCUCAGGACUUGAAAAUAUUUAGUUAUAUAGCUAGGGACGGAGCUUCCAAUGUUUUUAAAUGUGCAGUAUUCAAAUCGAACAAAAAGAGCCAAGCCAUGCGAGUAGUCAGGACGAUAGGUCAAGCUUUCGAAGUGUGCCAUAAACUGUCCAUAACCGCUCCUGAGAACGAGGCUCAGGACCAGGACGAACAAGAUACGCUUACUCAAGACUUGCUCAGCGACCGUUUAAGCGACAUAACCGACAAGCCGAAGAAAGAUUUGCUGUUUGAAGGUGCCAGCGACAAAAUGUCUCUACCCCCCGACGACUCCAGCCUCAGAGACUCCUACCCCGACGCGAAAUCCUGCAAGCCGCAGCAGCUCGACAUCUUGCCGCCCCCGCCCACGACGAAUACACGGAAGUCGCCCCUGACUUCUGCGGAAACGUACUCCUCGCCCCACAGCGACGUGCUGACUAGCGGGAGCGGCAGCGGCGGCAGCAAUUCCCUGCCGCCGCCGGGAAGCGCUCUGUCGGCGCACCACGAACUGCAGUUGCUGCGGGAACAACUCGACCAGCAGAGCCAGCAGACGCAGGCGGCGCUGGCGCAGCUGCAGCUGGCGAGGGAGCAGCUGGCGGCCGAGCAGAGUGCGAGACUGGAAGCUCAGGCCCGGACCCACCAGCUGUUGAUCCACAACCGCGAGUUACUCGACCACAUCGCCGCCCUGGUCUCCCACCUCCAGGGCGGCGAAAAGUCUGGCCAGCAGCCAACGCCGCCUCACGUAACCAUGCCCCAGCAGCAACAACCUCCGGGGUCGGGCGACGCCUACGGUUCGGAGCACCUCUCCGAAACGGCCUCUCUGGACAACAGCCCUGCAUUCCAAGCUCUGGGACUGAAUCCCCAAGGACUGAUAGAGAACCGGGCGGUGACUUCGUGCCUGCCGCCCUCGCCCCUCCGGACCAACUACAAUCCCGCGGGAACCGUCUUCAACUUUUCCUAUCCUCCGCCGAUGGACGCCGGCUUCGACUCGCAGCUGCUGCAGAGGCUGCAGAGCAUGGGCGGCUACAGCAACCCCUCCCCGUACGCGUACAACUACCAGACUUUGCCGUUCUUGUCGGGGCUGUACGGACAGCCCCUCAUCAACAACAACUACACUCUGCAGCCGCCCCCGCAGAAGAAGAUGGCGUCGUCGCCGAUGGGGCUGCGCCACUCCUACGCCGGCACCAGCCCGGUGAUGGAGCGGAGGCUGAGUCCCGGGAGGAACGUGGAGUCGCAGUACUCCCCGGCUGCUCAGUACUCGCCUCCGCAAGGAAACCACCUACAAGUGCAGGGGAAUACCCAAGGGAACCACCUGCAGGUGCAGCAGAACGUGCACCAGAGGCAGCCGAGUCCGGACCGGCGCGACAGCCAGUUCAUAAAACCUUUGUCGCAGAUGGGUACUCUCACGACCACGGAUUCCGAGGGGAGAGUGCGGGUGAUAGUGCCGGUGCCGUCGGGCGGCGCCGACGACGCGGGGAACAUGCUGGCGAACUUGCGUCUGAGUGAUACUUUGAGGGUUAGUGAUGACUUGAGGACCCUCAACGGGCCGGCGAUCACCAGGUCCACCAGUGAGAAAGUACCGAAUAGGAGUGAGUUGAUGUCACAAGUGCAGCGCACGAUGUGGGCUAGACACACUACGAAAUAACGUGUUCUUGUGUAAAUAAACUGUUACAUUACAACAUAUCUGAUAGUAGAGUUCGCGAUCGUUAACUUAAGGAUUAAUUAUAGCAUUUUGUUUUGUUUUUCGUCGGUUUUGUUUAUAAAACACGUCCAGAACUGCUACCAGAUUGUAGGAUCCCAAGUAAAUAUAGGCCUGUUUAUGUUAGGGUAUUAAUCCAGCGUUUUCAUGAUAAGCAGUCUCUUGGAGCUAUAUUGUUGGAGAAAACGGGAGGUUUUAUAAUCCUAGGUGACUAAGCCGUGUAGACGAAUUUUCAAUAUUUAAAAAUGUUAAGGGUUUUUAUGAAAUUGUUACCGUGAAAUUUCGCGCGACGGAAUGUCAACACGAAUUCGUCUUUUGUGUUCCGAGAUAUUUCCUUUGUAUUUCUAGCGCGAUUUAUUAUUGAUUUUGAGUAUUUCUGCCGAGUGUGUUGACAUUCCUGAUUUUGUUACUUGUAAUUUCGGUUAAAUUGAACAGAAGCUGCAAAAGGUUUUUAAUUUAGAAGUGCAGAGGCGUUUUCUACAAUAAAUACCUACAAUAGUACGAUCGAACGUAGAGAUUCUAUUUGUUACCCGUAAACUUUAUAUAAUGCGUUUUAUGUAAACGUGGUACUUGGAAAAAAAAAAAACUAAAAUUAUGUCGCAACUGAGUCGUAAAAUAUUUUUUUAUUAGAAAAAGUAAUUAAUUGUCAGACGUAAGAACUCCAGACAUUCAAAAAAUUUAUUGUUUAAAUAAAAUUCCAAAAAAAGUAAUGGAAAAUGCCUGAAGACAACAAUAAAAACCGCAAUUUUUUCGCCUUUGUAGUUAGUAGCUUAAAGUGGCAGGAGAUCUGCACGUGACAUUAUAACACCACUUGAACAAUGGGAGAUGUUUGACGGAAAACUCGUUAAAAAAUCCCUGUGCUUGUCAUUUAUAAACUGUUCGACCGUUUUUCUGCAACACUUACGAGGGAUUUACUUUCACGUGUAGAUUGUAGACUGCUGUAAUUAAAAAAGUAUAGAUAUGUGAUUUCUUUUUUUAAACGUCAUUAUGUCACGUGCAGAUUUCGCGCCAUUUUGACUCUUUCUAACCUGAAAACUACAAAUUCUAGGAAGUUGUGCGUCCCUAUUGUCCGAGAAAUGUUUUCCACUUUUUUUUAAUAAAAGGUAUUUUUAGUGAAAAUGUUCGUGGAAAAGUUGGCCACGAUUUAUAAUAGAGAGCUGUACACUUUCUAAGUGACAAUAGGUUCAGAAAUUACUAAAAAGAACGUAGACGUUUAUAAAAUCCCUAAUGAUUAAACUCUAAGUCAAAAAGUACUCAAUUAGCAGUGGAUUCCAGAGCUGACCUGUUUAUAUUUUUUUGUUAAAAACUUUUUGCAGUGAUAAUUCUUGAAACUGCUGAAUUACGUGACUCUGUAGUUGUAAAUUUUUAAAAAAUGAAAGUUUAUUUUCCGAUAAAACUGUUGUACCACGUCUAGAUAUCUUAAUUAAGCGUUUAUAAUCUUGCCAUCUUUGACAUGUAAAAACUAAAGUAUACUGACGUUGCUCAAAAUGUAUUGCCAAUUAAACGCUAGAUGACGCCAAAUAUUUCCUGUAAAUAUAUAUAUUGCUAUAGAUAUAUCUAUGUUACGUAAUUCCAGUGUAUCUUCAGAGCGCAGCACAUAGAUCUCUUGUAAUUUUACAGCGGUACGUCAAAUUAUUCCCAAUUUUGUGGUUUAAUGUUAUGUACUGUGUACAUAUUUCGCUUCAUUUAAUUAUUAAAAAAAUACUACCAGGUUUUCAAUUUAUUAAAUUUUUUCUAGCAUAUUCUGUUAGAAAAAUUUUUAUAUUUGUUAUGAUACAAACAACAAAAAGUAUCUUGCGGUGGAAAACAUUUUGAAUCAGAGUUGGCUACAAGCUGUUAUAGUCAUAGAGUAAUACACUAAAUGCAAUAAAAAAGUUCUUGUUUCACUAUUAGACUACUUUACUAUUCAAAGUGUAACUAUAUUAUUUUCAUGUUUUAUUUUGAGAUUUUGCACUUCAACCUUUACAGAAAUACAAACCAUGUCAUAAACUGACUGCCAACUGCGUAUUAAAACUUUUUCGACCAUACGAUAAUCGUCCCCACGAAAUAAUUUGACGUACCGUGCAUUACAAGAUCAGUUUAUAAAUCACUACAUAUUUAAAAAUCUACUAUCAAUCUCUAACUAUUCUUGAAAAUCUAAAUGUAUAAACCAGCGACUUAUAAGCCAGUAUUGACGAUGUACAUAUUCUCUCUCCCCAAACCGCCCCUUGUUAGCCCCCCACCCAUGUUAUUUUUAAUGUAUUUAAAUAAAUUUUGUUUUGCAAUAAA